UUCCAGCAACAACAUUAAAUUCACGAAACACAGCAACAUGGGGGCCGUACUGGAAACUCCAGCCCAGUGUCCUCUGUGCAAUCAGAUGACGCGAGAACCCGUCGUCCUCAAAUGUAACCACCGCUUCUGCCAACGAUGUAUCGGGGACCUGUGGAGUGUUUCCCCCAACGGGCCGUUCCGUUGUCCUGAGUGGAGGUGCGAAACGAGCUACCAGACGCAGCCGUUUGACAGCACGUCGUUAUGGCCGCCAAAAAGCAGUCAACGCCUUUCGACCCCCAGCACCACCGGCACGUCCAUUAAAGACCCAACCACAAGUGUCUCUCCACUGACGAGGCCCUCACUGGCCAGCCGGCUCCUCGGGAAAAGAAAGGGCAGCGCUCCAUCUGCAGAGCAGCCUGACACAAAGCGAUUAUCGACAAGUGAGAGGUCAGCUGUCAACGAGACACCUAUAAAUUCUCUGUUUGAGAAAGCAGAGCGUCUCCCCAGUGUGGAAGCAACCGGGAAUGGGCUGAAUUCAGAGUGGGAUGGUGGUACAACUUCCUCAGAUGAUAGCUUCGCACACCACAUAGGUGAUGUGCCACAAGGAAGCUCACCGCAACCAAAUUCAGCUGAAAGGGUGGAAUUGGAUGACUCAGACUGCUGCACUGAAGUAGAUUUAUGUGGUGUCCCUCCUCUCGAGACACCCCAGCAAGACGUCCAAGUCCCAAGUUCCUCCCCUCCCAACCGUCAUUCAUUUACAGCAGCCUCAACCUCACAGCUAUCACUGUCUCCUGUACACAAUGAAAACAAGUCACCGAUAAUGGUCCCCAAGCAUGCGGCUGUUGCCUCAGGAUCCCCCAGCAGGAUUGGCAUAUUCGCCCAGCCCAAGAGAAGAAACACAGGCCCUGUGCCGUGCCAUUAUUGCCCUAAAACUGUGCAUCAGUCGGCAGUAAAGACCUGCCUGGUGUGCGGGGCCUCCAUGUGUCCGGAGCAUCUUCGUCCCCAUGUCGAGUCGCCCGUGUUCCAAAAUCACACACUGGUUCCGCCCACGGAGGACGUUUCUGUUUGGAGAUGCCAGGAGCACCAGGAGAUUAACCGCAUCUACUGCCGGCAGUGUGCCGCCUGCGUGUGCACAGUGUGCACAGUCAUCGGCUCCCACCGCGGCCAUGUCUGCAUCAGCAUCAGGGAGGCAGAGCAAGAGCUCAGAGGUAAUCUGAAAGAGGACAUCAACCAACUGCAGAGGCUGGAAGAACAAGUGAAGGACCGAGUGACUGAAUUCACUAAGAAAGAAGAAGCCGUCAGAGAGGUUUUGAGCAAGGCGCGCUCUGGCGUGUGUCAGCAGUACGCGGCCAUCAGGGAGGCCCUGCAGCAGGAGGAGCAAUCAGCGCUCCGAUGUGUGGAACAGGAGGAGAGCAAAGUGGUGGGGAGCCUGGAGGAGAAACUGAGCCACCUUCACAACUCCCUGCAGUCCAUACAGGAAGGCCUUCACACGUUGGAGACAUUAGUUGAUGCUAAGGGAGAAAAUCGCAUUCGGGACCAAGCCUUCAUUAUGGAAUACAGCAAAGUCCCCCAAAUAGACAUGGAAACUUGUCUGCAUCAGCUAGAGGCUCCAGAGGAAGCAAAUGAAGCUCGGCUGAAAUGUCUUCAGCGCUGGACAGAGAACCGUCUGAACACGGUCGUCAUCUCUGAGCCGAGCGAGGACAGAGAUCUCUACGUGGUGCUCUAUGGCACUGUCCCCAUCUUGGAUGCAAAUACGGCCCAUCCCAAGCUGCAGCUGUCAGAUAACAACAGGAGGGUGACCUACACCGAGGCCCAGCAGGCCUUCGUCGAUCAAGAUGCUCGCUUCAGCUCCUUCCCGCAGGUCCUGGCCAACCGCGGCUUUCGAGGAGGUCGUUGGUACUGGGAGGUGGAUCUCCCUGUAGACGAAGGCCGCUGGAAGGUGGGACUCUGCGAGGCGCACAUGGAGAGGAAAGGUCAAAGAGACGGCUCCCGUCUGGGCUUCAACGCAUCCUCCUGGUGCCUGGCGUGUGACAGGAGGAAGCUGGAAGUGUUCCACAACAAGGUGGGGACGCCCGUGACUACAGACAGGCUGCAGCGAGUGGGAGUGUUCCUCGACUAUGACGAGGGGAUUUUAACGUUUUUUAAUGCGACACCAGGGGGCAGUCUUGCGCCAAUGCAUUUCUACAAGCAGACGUUUACUGGGCGUCUGUACCCUGCCUUGUCUGUGUCCAAAACCCAGCUGGUCAUCUGCGAUGUAUUUGAGCCAUAAGUGGCAUUGUCCAUAAUCAUAUUUACGCGAUGAAUGAUCUGCUGUCGAGCCUGAACGUUCUUUUUACAGAAUAGGGAAAAAAGAAAAUGUGAUUUUUACUGUGUUUAUGCCACAAUUAUGUACAUGUUGAAUAACACAUUCUACUUGCCCAUUUCUUAACUGAUACGAAGCACUAUUCAGUGUUUCAAAAGCUCAUAAAAUUUAGGACAUGCAGGGAACAAUUUUCCUCAUUCCAAUUUCUGCUUUCUCACUAUUCCAUUUUAUAUGCAAAAAAAAACAAAACAACUUCAUUUGAAAGAGACAUUCACCAACAAAGUUCUCCUUCUUUCAGAUUCCACCUUCAAACUGUUGGCAACUAAUUUCCACACUUUUCACAAUACCAUUCCAAGAUUGAUAUUUUACAUUUGUACCUCCUUUUACUAUUACUGUGUCAUAGUAAUCUCACAAUUUUACCUUUUUGUAUUUUUAUCUUUUAUCCUGUCCCAUGUUUUCCUAGCAGGUUAGCACUCAAUAUCUCUGAAAUACUGGAAUAAUGUAAAAUCAUAUAUUCUGCAAAAUAAACAAAGGAAAUA